AAGAGGAGAGAAUAGACAGACAGACAGGCAGGUGGGUAGGCAGACAGGCAGACAGGCACUCAGCAGCUCCGACAUCCACACGGAGGCACCGGGACGACGCAACGCUCCAAGCCGGGCAAAGGAGCGCGACCGCCGGCAUGAAGAUCGAGUUCGCCCCGCUGAACAUCCCGCUGCGGAGGAGGCUGCAGACGGCCGCCGUGCUGCAGUGGAUCUUCUCCUUCCUGGCUCUGGCUCAGUGCUGUCUUGCUGGCUUCGUCCUGCUGGCUCUCUCUGAUUGGUGGUUGCUGGCUCUGCUGUACGCUGGUUGGCUGUGGCUGGACUGGGACACGCCCACCAGUGGGGGUCGGCGGUCCGGUUGGAUCCGGAGCUGGAUGGUGUGGGAAUACUUCAGGGACUACUUCCCCCUGAGGCUCAUCAAAACUGUUGAUCUGGAUCCAAAGAAGAACUACAUCUUUGGAUUCCACCCACAUGGUGUGCUGGUUGCCGGGGCGUUUGGUAACUUCUGUACGGAGGCUACAGGUUUCUCUCGGCUGUUUCCUGGACUCACUCCUCACCUGCUGAUGCUGCCGUUCUGGUUCAGGGUUCCACUCUUCAGGGAUUACAUCAUGUCUGGAGGUCUGGUGUCCAGCUGUAAGUCCAGUCUGUCCUACCUGGUCAGUCGUCCUGGAGGAGGAAACGUUGCCGUCAUCGCAGUGGGCGGAGCUCCAGAAUCUCUGGACGCCAGACCAGGAGCUUUAACACUACAGGUGCGGAACAGGAAGGGCUUCAUCAAACUGGCUCUCAAACACGGAGCUCAGCUGGUUCCAGUGUUUUCUUUUGGAGAGAACGAGCUGUUUGAUCAGAUGGAGAACCCGACCGGAUCCCCGCUGAGGAGGCUGCAGGUCAGAGGUCCCCAUGGCAACCACAGUAGUAAACCAGCAACCAUGGCAAUGAACCAGCAACCACAUUCAUCACCCAGCAAGCAACCAGCAACUAAACCGACUGCAGUGCAUCAUGGGAGUUGCUCUGCCGCUGUUCCACGCCAGAGGAGUUUUCCAGUACAGCUUUGGACUGAUUCCCUACAGGAAGUCCAUCCACACCGUCGUGGGGAAGCCCAUCCCGGUCACUCAGACUCCGAGUCCCAGCAGAGACGACAUUGAGAGUCUCCACAAAGUUUACAUGCAGAGUCUGACCGACCUGUUCGAGGAGCACAAACACACCUACGGGCUGGACGAGCAUCAGCACCUCACCUUCAUCUGACACCUGAGGACACCUGAGGACACCUGCAGCCUCAUGGACUUCUGAAGGCUUCACUGAUUUAAUGAGGCAUGCUAACUAGUGUUUGAUGCCAAAGACAAGUUUUAUCGCGUUUCUCUGUAAAAACAUUACCUCAGAUGAUUGACAGGUGAGUUAUUACAGGUGUGGUGUGACAUCAUAGAGGAUGUUACAUUGUGAUUGGUUGGCGUGGACAUAGGAAAUGGUAACUGUUAGCUUCCUGUGAACUUCUUGUUAGCUCUCUGUUACCUCCCUGUUAGCUACCUGUCUACUACCUGUUAGCUCCCUGUUAGCUACUUUAACUUUCUGUCUGGUCUCAACAACAGAAACUGGAUGAAGCUAACUGUUAGCUCCCUGCUAGCUACCUGUUAGCUCUCUAGAUGAAGCUCCCUGUUUGCUCCCUGGAUGAAGCUAACUAUUAGCUCCCUAGAUGAAGCUAACUGUUGCUAAAUAUUUCCUCACAAUAAACUCAAACCUGGAAUCAGA